CGCUUUGGAAGCGAGAGUUUAUUUUUGGUGUCUUGACAUUGGAGCUCCUGUCAUGGCAGCGACCUCGCAAAGCAGUGGAAGUCUCCACCGUUCUUCGCACCCUUCCUCUCGAUGAUGGAUAACCUUAAAUAGGAGGUCUGCCCAAGUCGGAACACGGACGUGUUACUGUGGUACCCGAUGAACUACGACGCGUUACACAUUCGGGUUACGUCGCUGCCGUAACGAAACUCGUAAACCGAGGAUUUCUGGAAACCCAAUAAGAUUCUCUGUGUAUCUUGGACACCUAGUGCAUAGCUGUUUUGAUCACUCCAUCAUGACCAAGGAGGAGGAGAUUCCAGACUGGGUGGGCGCCCAUGAGUUCUAUGACAAGUAUGAGGCCAAGGAGAUACUGGGAAGGGGAGUGAGCAGCGUUGUGCGUCGCUGCGUGGACAAACGCACGUCUCAGGAGUACGCCGUGAAGAUCAUCGACAUCACCCCCUCGGACCAGACAACCCCACAGGAGAUCGAGGAGAUCAAGGACUCUACGGUGAAGGAGAUUGAUAUCCUCAAGAAAGUCUGUGGACGGGAGAACAUUAUACAGCUGAAAGACUGCUAUGAAUCCCACGUCUUCUUUUUCCUGGUUUUUGACUUGAUGAGAAAGGGUGAACUUUUUGACUACCUCACAGAGAAAGUAACUCUGAGUGAGAAAGAAACAAGGAACAUCAUGCGCGCUCUGCUGGAGGUGGUUCACUUCCUCCAUGAACAGAACAUAGUCCAUCGAGAUCUCAAACCGGAAAACAUCCUUUUGGAUGACCAGAUGAACAUCAAACUCACAGACUUUGGCUUCGCCGUGCAAAUCCAAUCGGGAGAGAAGCUUAAAGAGGUGUGUGGAACACCUCUGUAUCUUGCUCCCGAGAUCAUCCAGUGCUCCAUGGACCCUGGCCACGGUGGAUAUGGAACGGCUGUAGACAUAUGGAGUGCAGGUGUGAUCAUGUAUACACUGCUAGCUGGCUCGCCACCAUUCUGGCACAGGAAACAGAUGCUGAUGCUGCGUAUGAUCUUAAAGGGAGAUUACAGCUUCUCCUCCCCUGAAUGGGAUGACCGCUCCGACACUGUCAAAGAUUUAAUUUCUCGGAUGCUCGUAGUGGACCCCAGGCAGCGUUACACCGCCGUCGAUGUGCUCAACCAUUCGUUCUUCUCCCAGUACGUGGUAGCCGAAGUCCGACAAUUGAGCCCGUACAGAAAAUUCAAGGUCAUUUGCCUCACGGUACUCGCCACCAUGCGCAUAUACUGCAGCUACCGCAGAGUCAAACCAGUGACUAAGGAAGUGAUGAAAAGUGACCCGUAUGCGGUCAAGCCCAUUCGCAAGCUUAUCGACGCAUGUGCCUUCAAGAUCUACGGCCAUUGGGUCAAGAAGGGCCAGACGCAGAACAGAGCGGCACUUUUCGAGAACACUCCCAAGGCUAUCCUGCUGUCCAUAGCGGCAGAGGCGGAUGAGCGAGUGCAGCACAUCUUGUAAUAAGUGAAGGUCAACAAUAUAAAUAUUGAUACAGUUUCUUGAUCAAAUCGAAUUCACUUCAUUCACCACGUCCUUAUGUCUCUAUUAACGCUGCUGUGUAAGACAAAAUACGUUUUGUAAAGAAACAGCACCACCUGCUGGAUCUAGUUAGAAACUGCACCAUGCCGUGAGUGUAGUCCAACAGCAGUUUAUUUUGAUGUGGUUUACAACAUUUAUUCUAAAAACAAUGUUAGCUAAUUAUAUAAUGAAAAUGCUGGAUUUGUUUAGGUGUUCACUCUGGGUCUUUAUGAUAAAAUGAGCCAACGUUUGCCAUCAACGCAUUGUCUAAUGUGCCAUGAUAUCGUUUUGCUUAACAUCAUGUGAUUCCGUUUGAAAUGCAGCUGCUUUUAAAAGUGAAAAUUAUUCAACGUUUUAAUAAUAAACAGAACUUUUAGUUGUU